GUUACUCAGAACGUUCUUCUCCACAAUCAUCAAAACUAUCAUGACUAGAAAUGCUGCAAAGGAAGGCAAAAGUCCUCCACUACCUUUUCGAUCACAGAAAAAGGUAGUCAGGAGUACACCAGGUGGAUUGAAACAGCCAUCAAUGCCAAGCUUGGUAAAGAGAGAAGAUGAAACCAAUUCACAAAUAUCGCCUUUGUUCUCGGAAUCAUUCUGUGAUUCAUUUCGAUUUGUCGAUACGUCUGAGGCACCUUCCAGAAACCUUCGCUCAUCUAUAAAGCGAGGAAUACCUCUGGAAAAUGCGCAUAAUGGAAAGAAGGACGACAAAAAGAGAGUGAAGCCAGAACAGGCAACCCUCCCCGACACAAACUGGAAAACGGCAAAGUUCCUUCCCGAAGUCCCCGACCACGUAAAGGACGGGAUGGACGUAUUGAUGAUCGGUUCAAAUCCUGGUCGAAUGUCAAGUAUAAAAUGUCAACAUUUUGGUCAUCCAAGUAAUCAUUUCUAUCGGGCUUUGUUUCGUUCAGGUUUCACCUCAAAACUUUUUCAUCCUAGUGAAGAUUUCACAAUGUUGAGUCAGAAGCCUCCUUUUUUGUCCAUUGGACUGACAAAUCUAGCGGCUAGACCGACUCGAAUGGCACAGGAAGUUGACAAGACGGAAAACGAGUUGGGCGCUUUGAUCUUGACAGAUCUGAUUCGAAAGCAUAAACCGAGGGUAGGCGUAUUCAUCGGAAUUGGUGUGGGAAAGGCAUACGAGCAGGCCAUAACCAAGACCAAAAGGAAGAAAGAAGGUGAAAACGAGGGAACCUUUGUCAAUGUAGAUGUACCGGCUGAAGUACCUUUAGUUACUGAUAAAGAACUAGGGAUGGGAGUGGGGCUGAUGCUAUUGGCUAUUAAACAUGUUAAGCAGGAGGAUGAGGAGAGUGAUCGGCCAGCAUACACUCUAUUGUUCGCUUGUCCUUCUACAAGUGGCAGGGUAACGUCACAUCAAUUACCGGAGAAAUCAGAGUGCAUGAAGAGGGCUCGUAUCCUGGCCGAAUCAACGCUUCCACUCGAGCAAAAACAGACUCGAUCAACAUCCACAAAGAGCGUUCGGAUUGAGUUGAUUUAGAGCGGCCACAAUGUAUCGAUAUAUUCACUGUAUUUUAUAUUGCAUUAUAUGAAAGAUCUAUUGAGCGGU